UUACUAAAGAUUUUUUCUUUAACAUUCCAUCAAAAUCUGUCCAACAAAAGUUAUUUUCCGAAUUAAUAGAUUUCUGUCUGAAUUGCAUUGAACUAAAGUGUAAAAAUUCAUUGAGUAAAAUUAUAAGAAAGUUAUGCUAUGAUGCCAAUUUAUUGGUUAGCGAAUUGCAAAAGUUUAAUGAAAUAUCAGUCACAACAAUGAAGGAAACAAAAGGAUUAAGGUCCUCAAAAGCCAAGUCAAAUACAGUUGAGAUUUUUGAAGAAGACAAAUGGAAGAAAAUCAUAUUUCUUCUAGAAAUUAUUGAAAAUAAGAAGAAAAUAGAACAUCCCGAACUGUUAUUUCCAGUCAUAUUUGAUUUGUUUAAAAGGAGUCUAGAAAUUGAAAAUCAUCCGUCAGCAGAAUAUCUACGACAAGUUAUUUUAUCAUCGUUAUUUAACUGUUAUCAACUUCUAGAAGAUGUCCGCUAUUUAGAUGAACAGAAAUUUCAAGUCGAACUUAUCGUGCAGUGUAUCCGAAUAUCCAAUAACCCUCAGACACAAAAUCAGGCUCUUCUACUCUUAAAUUUGGCAGCAAAAUUAUUUCCAGAAUAUGUUCUUCACAAUAUCAUGGCCAUUUUCACGUUCAUGGGGGCUAAUUUAGUACGACAAGACAACAGUUAUAGUUUCCAAGUCAUUUCACAGACUUUAGAAACAAUUAUUCCUGCUUUGCUUCAGGCAAGCUCUCAGAAUCAAGGAGACAGGGUCCAAACAGUUGCGAGCGUGACCAGAGUGUUCGUCGAUGCAUUACCUGACAUUCCGGCACAUCGCCGACAAUCGUUGUUUGUUAAAUUGUUAUCUAUCCUCGAAUUUCGAGAGUUUUUGUGGGUGGUCAUAGCUCAGGUGUUUGAUAUUUGCGUUACGAGGAAAGUAAAAGACGAAAGUUCCGAACAAGGAACCAAGAUUCCUUCUUCAAUCAUGGAUUUUAUAACUCUGCUCUGUCAACAUUGCUCGGCAGAUGUUCAACUUGCCACUUUUAUCCAGUUGACAAAAUACUUAAUAGGACUUCCUAAUGAAAAUGAAAUUGAAGAUAAGAAGAAGCUCAAAGGAGUAUCUGAGCCAUUUGAUGUUAUGAAGCAUACUGUAAAUCAAUUGAAGCAUUUUAAAUACAACACUAUGUCUUUUAUGGUAUCAUUAUUAUCAUCUCAAGUUUUUAUAUCUCAGUUACUAGAUAUAAAUUUGAAGAAAGUGGAUAUGGACGUAUUAUACGAAGAGUUUAUGGAGUUAAUACUAGAAUAUAUCCAAAAGCUAUCCCAUUUAAUUAAAAUGAAUGAAGAAGAUUUUCAUAUAAAAUUUUGGAAAGCAUUUCUCCAUAAGUGUUAUGAUUUAUUAGACAAGGUAAAUUCAUUAUUGCCGAGUAAGCAUUUCAUCAACGUUAUAAAGACCUUAAUUAAACAUCCUCUGUCAAUGGUGAGAUGCAAAUCGUUGGAAAUGUUUAGUGCAAAGAUGCUUUAUCAACAGGAUUUUUUUGCAUUGGAUAAUCAUCCUGCACUAAUUAGUUUUGUCAAACCAUUAGUAAAGUUUAUAAAAAACAAUGAAGCGUGUUUGUCUUCGGAAUCGGGUGAAACCGAAAGCAUUUUAAACAGCCAAACAUCUUUUUACUGUCUCAAAUUACUUUGCAAGACAUUAGGUUCUACGUAUCCUGACAAAUUCAGAAAGCUUAUAGACGUCAUCAUUCUGGUAUUACGAAAACACAAAGUUUCUCUUCAGUUGACGUCCAGCGCUCUCCUGUGUUUGGCCGAAAUGUGCCGUUCGUUAGGUAUACAGGUGUUGCCUAAUUUGAAUGAAAUUAUGCAGUCGCUUUUAGAUAUUUUAGAAAAUACAGAAAUCUUGAAAAGCAACUCUUUAUUGUUAAUUAGUUCUCUCACUACAGUUCAGCAUCUAGUGGAAAAUUUAUCGCCAUUUCUAAGUUCCUAUCUUCAUCAAUUACUCACAGAUGUAAGCAUCAUAUCCGCAGUCAUACCAAAGAAAGACAAUCAGAAUGCUUCCGUUCAUCAGUGUCUAACUACCAUUUUCAAGCAGCUGGCCUUGACUGUACCUCUCCGUGUACUGCUGCCAUCGAUCGAGAAUUCUUAUGAUGCCAUAAAAACUGACAAUUAUAGAGCCGUCGAACCACUCAUGUUUACGUUUACGACUAAGUUAACUUCGCUGGAGAAGUCUGAACUGGAUGCUUAUCUUCCAAAUAUGCAAAAGUUUCUCUUAAAAAUUUUUGAUUUUCGUUGUGAGAAUACAAUGUUAUCGUUAAAAGAAAUAGAAACGUACGAAGCACACAUCAUUGAAGCAUUUGGAUUUUUGAUUCUGAAGCUUUCUGAAACUACUUUCAGGCCUUUGUUUCUUCAGUUGUUCGAUUGGGCAACCAGAAGCGAUCGAGUAGACAGGGUUUUGACAUUUUAUAAAGUCACCAACAUAUUGGCAGAAAAAUUGAAGAGCUUGUUUAUUUUAUUUGUUGGUCAUUUUAUUAGGAAUGCCGCAUCAUUAUUGGAUAAGAAUAACAAGUGCAAAGACGGCGACUAUUUUACGAAUGAGAAAGUUGGAGUAGAAAAAGCGUGUUUGCUAUUGAAAAGCAUUCUAAGUACGCUACAUAAAUGUUUCCUGUACGAUAACGAGAAAUUUGUCGAUAAAACUUUGUUUAAUGCGAUAAUGCAACCGAUAGUUGAUCAAAUAGAAAAUGACAUCGGAAGUGACGAAGACUAUCAAGAUAGAAUAAUCAAUUAUGUAAGCCCCUGUAUCGCUCAGUUUGCCGUGGCUCUAGCCGACGACACCCUGUGGAAACCCGUCAACUAUCAAAUAAUGUUGAAGUCUCGUCAUAAUUCUCCCAAAGUGAGAUUUGCCACUUUGCAUGUUCUUUACGAAUUAGUUCAGAAAUUAGGAGAGAAUUAUCUGAUUUUAUUACCAGAAUCCAUUCCAUUCCUAGCAGAACUAAUGGAAGACGAAUGUCCCGAAGUGGAGAAACAGUGCCACGUGGUCCUGUCAGAUAUGGAAAAGGUCCUGAAUGAACCACUCAUGAAAUAUUUUUGAAUUAAUGUAAAUAUUUUUAUAAAAAUUGUAUGAAAAAACUGUACAUAUGCUAAUAAGUUGUAUUUAUUUCCGAGUGAAUUGAAAGUUAAAAAUAUUUAAAUGUCAUAGAGAUUGCCUAAAAAUUUUAAUUGCAAAUUAUAGGAUCUAUUGAUGCAAAUUACCAAUAUACUGUGGGCUACAUAACCAUCCCAAUAUCUUUCAUUAUGACAGCUUAAACUAUGUUGGGAUAAUGGAAUAAAACAAAUCAGACCAUCCAUAAGAAUUUCCUGAUGUUCUAAACUAAAUCUUCACCUUUCAGAAAUAUAAAUGGGACUACACUGCAUCAUCUGGCAAACUGGAAUGAUUUUGAAAUACAGUCAAACCUGUCAUUAACGGAGAAUUCUUCUAUUGAAUUUUUUGCGAUAAUUAAUGUAAAUUAACCUGUCUAACGCGGAAACGAAAAGGAAGAGCGGGCCGUAUAACAGAAAAAACGUAUCUUUAUCGGAUUUAACAAGAAGUUUACAAGCCUAGCAUAUAUAAAUCGUAGAAAAAAGUCAAAAAAUACACAUACGCAAUACACAAUCGCAAAAUACGACUACUGUAUUAACAGUUGUUUUCACUUAAUAUAAAUGUUAUAAGUUAUGAAAUUUAACGCGUUUAUUCCCGAUGUCAGAUUGUAUUCUUCAUUUUUUGAAGCUUAUUUUAAACUGUUUACAUAACAUUUCGCUUGAAUAAAAUCAAGUCGAAAUGUCCGCAGAUAAAAUGCACACUUAUAAGCUUCGUAAAGGAUACCACGCUAUAUAAACUGUAAAAAAAUACUCGUACCGUGAAUGGGGAAGAUGCUUCUUUUAAUUAGCAAUAAAGCAGAUAUUC